AUGGCGACCGAAACUCUUACAAUGACGUUGGCUGAGAGGCAGAAAAAGCCCAAAGACCAAAACCUACCACCAGAAAAUGAAAGAUACAUCCGCUGUUGCUCUGAUAUAGCAAGCUUUCUUAUCGCAGAUCAUGAAGCUCAGCAGGACCAAAAUGCGCCGAGGAAAGAUGUGAACCUCAAUAGCUUGCGCUCAAAGAUGUCCAAGAAGCACAGGUUAAGCAAUAUUCCCCCUCUAACUGCUAUCAUUGCUGCAAUUCCUGAACAACACAAGAAAUACAUCUUGCCAAAAUUAAUAGCAAAACCAAUCAGAAGUGCUUCUGGAAUAGCUGUUGUGGCUGUAAUGUGCAAACCUCACAGAUGCCCUCACAUCGCAUACACUGGUAACAUUUGUGUAUACUGCCCAGGCGGUCCUGACUCCGACUUCGAAUACUCGACUCAAUCAUAUACUGGCUACGAGCCGACUUCCAUGCGAGCAAUUAGAGCACGAUACGAUCCAUUCGAGCAGGCAAGAGGACGAGUCGAUCAGAUCAAAUCUCUAGGGCAUAGCGUGGACAAGGUUGAAUACAUUAUCAUGGGUGGCACUUUCAUGUCCCUGGCGCCCAGUUACAGAGAAGGUUUCAUUUCACAACUUCACAAUGCACUUAGCGGAUACCAGGGGAACAAUGUCGACGAAGCUGUUGAGGCAGGAGAGAUGAGUAAUAUCAAAUGUGUGGGAAUCACAAUAGAGACACGGCCCGAUUAUUGCCUUCCUCCCCACUUGACCGACAUGCUGCGAUAUGGAUGUACACGGUUGGAGAUUGGCGUACAGUCUCUUUACGAGGAUGUUGCUCGAGAUACAAAUCGAGGCCAUACAGUAGCAUCGGUGGCAGAAACUUUCUGCUUUGCGAAAGAUGCAGGAUUUAAGGUUGUCAGCCAUAUGAUGCCAGAUUUACCAAAUGUUGGCAUGGAAAGAGAUUUGGAUCAAUUCAGAGAGUACUUUGAGAAUCCAGCCUUCCGAACCGAUGGCCUCAAGAUCUACCCAACGCUCGUCAUUCGAGGCACGGGACUAUAUGAGUUGUGGAGGACUGGAAGAUAUAAGAACUAUACACCAAAUGCUCUGAUUGAUAUCGUUGCCCGGAUUCUGGCCUUGGUCCCUCCUUGGACUCGGAUCUAUCGUGUCCAGAGAGAUAUCCCCAUGCCUCUGGUCACCUCUGGUGUCGAAAAUGGGAAUCUGCGUGAACUGGCUUUGAGUCGAAUGAAGGAUUUUGGGACUACUUGCCGUGAUGUUCGAACACGAGAGGUCGGCAUUAAUGAGGUCAAAAACAAGAUUCGUCCAUCACAAGUGGAAUUGGUCCGUCGAGACUACACGGCAAAUGGCGGAUGGGAAACUUUCCUGGCAUAUGAGGACCCCAAGCAAGAUAUCCUCAUCGGACUGUUGAGACUGAGGAAGUGCUCAGCAAAAUACACUUUCCGCCCCGAGCUUACGGGACAGCCGACAAGCUUGAUUCGUGAGCUACAUGUCUAUGGUUCUGCUGUACCAGUACAUGGUCGCGAUCCAAGAAAGUUCCAACAUCAAGGUUACGGAACCUUGCUGAUGGAAGAGGCCGAGAGAAUCGCAAGAGAUGAACAUGGCAGCACGAAGAUCACUGUCAUAUCUGGAGUUGGCACAAGAGACUAUUAUCGCCGACUUGGAUAUUGGCUUGAUGGGCCAUAUAUGAGCAAGCACCUGAAACCCAGAGAUGAAGAUGACAGCGAUGAUGAUUUCUGA